UAAAAUUUAAAAGCUUCAUAUUUUACAAGAAAUUACUGUAGUGUAAAAUGUCUGAAACAACGAACGAGAUACCGCUUGAUCGUAAGCUAUCAGAAAUUUUUGAUGAUGCUUAUACGUCGAUGAACCGGUUGGACGAAAAUGCAGCGAUUCCUUCAAAUGCCCCCGAAUUUCAGGUAGCAGUAAAGAAAACUAUUGGAUUAUUCGAGGAUGCCACCCGCCUGGUUAGUCUGGUCGGGAUGUUCAGCAGCAACGAAACACACGAAGAAGUACCGACCGAAAACAUGCGAUACUUCUUGCUACCGUUUUUUCUUGGGAAUCUAACCAUGCGACUAUGCAAUGCAAACCGUGGAGAGGUCGUUGAGGUAGCGGAAGUAUACUUUAAAGACUUUUUAACACGCUGUGAGAGCUACCGCUUGUACGAAAAACCAGACGAAGAUGAUGCUUCCGGCGAGCUGGCGGUUGUGACCGGUAUACAGAGCGAUAAAAUACGCGAGUUACAGCGCAUGGGUCAGGAGAGGAACGAAAAAAUUCGAAAAUUUCAGGAAAAAAAAGAAUUAAAUGAAAAAAUCAAGCGACUACGAUACGUAGUGGAGCAGUCGGAAGACAAGAUCGACGAGGAAACGAAGCGUGAGUUUUACCUAUCGCUUCUGAAGUCCGCAAUUAUCGAGUCACUGGAAGAACUGGAGAGCAUAGCAAAGGAAAAACAGAUGUUGCAGUUCUUAGCCCAUGCAAAGUUGCACCCCGAUGAGAACUCCGGUGACAUUGGUGGUAGCAGCGGGUUGGGCAGCUCCGUGAAAAAGCAUCCUACAAAACCAUUAAAACCCAUCAUCAUUACACGAGACGCGGUUCAGAAGGCCGUCUACGGUAGGGGAUAUCCGAGUCUCCCCACCAUGACGGUAGCCGAAUUUUACGAGCAGCGAGUGGCGGAAGGUAUUUUCCCCGACCCGGAAAAGAUGAAGGAGGUAAACAAGAACUCCCUCAUGAAUAAGGUGUUCCAGGACAACGCGGCAGAGCAAGAUCGUGAGGACGAGGAGAACGAAAAAUUAGUCGAAUGUGAUGACGAGGAGUACUUGGCGCGCCAACGUGCGAAGGACGAAUUCAAAGACGAACACCGUCGCGGCGAAGGGAACCGGUAUAAUCGUAGCUAA